AUGCCACCUAAAAGGAGGAAGCUUUUGGGACGGCGCACGGCAUCUGCCUCCGCUGCUAGAGCAGCGAGGGCGAGUGAAACCCCUGAACAGACUUCUUUGUGUCUUUCACGGAUGGCCUCGAGCUCAGCUACUCGCUUAUCUAUCGAAAGCGCCGCUGUGCGGACUGAAAGGUUGGCUUCAGCGGCUUCAACCAUGUCCGCACGCCGCACCAGGCUUUCAGUUGAAGAACGUUCAUUUCAGAAUUCACAGGACGCAGUCCGCGUGGCUAGGUUGAGGGUUUCACAGUCCCCAGCUCAGAAAACCCUGCGUCGUUUGCGGAAUGCCACCGCCAAAGUUUGCUCCAGGGGUUUAGAAAGCCCCGAACAAAAAACUUCACGUCGUCUUAGGAAUACUAGGGCUACAGCCGCCUAUAGAGAUUCGGAACAACCCCAAGAAACCGCUCAUCGUCGCGUUAGAAAUGCCCGCUCUACUGCGUCUGCCAGGACUGCAGAAGACUCUGAAGUACGCCGUCAACGGCUCGAAAACAUUAACCAAUUUCGAGCUACUUUGAAUGGCGUAACUUCGCCGUCUGCGUCAUUUUGGUCAAAUGCCGCAUACAAUUAUGUCUGCACUGUCAACUAUUCCACUAGGAGAGACGUACAAAUAGGGGCCAUGGAUAAAGUUUGCACUUUUUGCAACACAAAAAAGUGGGGCGAUGAGCAACCUGGGCUUGUUGCUCUGGGGGCAAAAUCAAACUCCCUUCUUUAG